UGAGAUUGUUUAUGUCGGUGGCUGCUGGCGGUUGCCGAAACGUGCGUGAAUCUUGCCGCUAUGUUUCUCGUCACAAGUAAGUUUUCGUAGUUUCUGCCGUGUUUUCGAAAGUAGGGAGAGCUCCUUGCCGCGAGCAACUGACACGGAACGUAAACGUCGUCUUUGAUCGCAAUGGCGACUACAUCGAAACGCAUCGUCUACGUUGGAGGACUCGCGGAGGAAGUCGACGAAAAGGUACUGCACGCUGCUUUCAUACCGUUCGGCGACUUGGUGGACGUGCAGAUUCCACUCGACUACGAAACGGAAAAGCACCGCGGUUUCGCCUUCGUCGAGUUUGAGAGCGCGGAGGACGCCGCUGCGGCCAUCGACAACAUGAACGACUCGGAGCUGUUCGGCCGAACCAUUCGCGUCAACAUUGCCAAGCCGAUGAAGAUCAAGGAGGGUUCCACGAGAGCCGUGUGGUCCGAAGACAGCUGGUUGCGACAGCACGCCGGUGAAACCCUCAACACCAAAGAAGGCGACGAGGACUCAAAGGAAGGCGACGAAGCCGAAGCGCAGAGCGACGACAAGGAGGUCGCUGACAAAGCGAAGAAGUCGACCAAUCCUCAGGUGUACCUCGAUAUUAGCGUCGAUGGCCAAGAGAUCGGUAGGGUCCGCAUCAUACUCUACAAAGAUGUGGUGCCUCGCACGGCAGAGAACUUCCGUUGCCUGUGCACGCACGAGAGGGGAUUCGGCUUCAUCAAGAGCACUUUUCACCGCAUCAUUCCGGGAUUCAUGUGCCAAGGCGGUGACAUCACGAACCACAACGGCACCGGCGGUAGGUCCAUUUACGGCCGCAAGUUCGACGACGAAAACUUCGAGCUGAAGCACACCGGUCCGGGAAUACUCUCCAUGGCCAAUUCGGGUCCCAACAGUAACAGCUCCCAGUUCUUUCUCACCACGGCCAAGACAGAUUGGCUCGACGGGAAGCACGUAGUGUUUGGACAGGUCAUCAGUGGCAUGGAGGUCGUCAGAAAGAUGGAAACGUACGGUUCUUCGUCGGGCAAGGUAUCCAAGAAGGUUGAAAUUUGCAACAGUGGCGAAUACACGUAGUU